AUGGUCGUCUUCGAUAACCAUGAGUUCCUAACCGCGGAGGAGAAGCGGCUGAAGGAAGACCGCAACCGUGAAAAGUACUGGAAGAAGUGGGGUUCCUAUCUCGCUGAGCGACAAUGGGCCACAGUGCGAGAGGACUACAGUCACGAUGGUGACGCAUGGAGCCACUUUCCUCACGACCACGCACGAUCCAGGGCCUACCGCUGGGGUGAAGAUGGCAUUGCUGGUGUUUGCGAUACACACGGCCUGCAGAAUAUUGCCUUUGCGUUUUGGAACGGUGAAGAUCCCUUCCUCAAGGAGAGGCUCUUCGGCCUGUCCAACCCGCAGGGUAACCAUGGCGAGAGCGUCAAGGAGGCUCAUUUCCACCUCGACAAUACUCCACAUUCGUACAUGAAAUUCCUGUACAAAUACCCCCAGUCCGAAUUUCCCUACGAUGAGCUCCGCAAGGAGAACGCAAGGCGCGGCAAGCAAGAUAAGGAGUUCCAGAUCCUGGACACUGGCUGCUUCGAGGAUGACAAGUACUGGGAUAUCAUAAUCGAGACGGCUAAGGAGGACGAUGACCCGGAUGAACUGCUCUUCCGUGUGACUGCGUGGAACCGAGGACCGCAGGCUAAGCCGCUGCACAUCAUUCCUCAUGUCUGGUUUCGUAACACCUGGUCCUGGGGCCGUGAGCCCGAGGAGAACAAGCCGUCCAUUGGCAUGUUUGCCGAGAACAUGGCCAAGUCCAAGCAUCACUCACUGGGCGACCGCUACUUCCUGCUCUCCCCCUCUCCCGGUGUUGGUCCCAGCGGAGAAGACGUUGACCCUCAGAUGAUCUUCACCGAAAACGAUACCAACUUCGAGGUUCUCUAUGAGGGCGAAAACCCCCAACCUUAUGUCAAGGAUGCGUUCCACCGCCACAUUGUCAAUGGGGAGAAGGACGCUGUGAACCCCGCUCGUACUGGAACAAAGUGUGCUGCUUGGUUCCCAUUCAAUGAGGCCGGGGGUGUUCCUCCUGGUGAAUGCGCUGUUGUCCGUUUCCGCUUUACCAAGAAGACCGAGACAUAUCUCGAUGAAGAAGAGUUCGACGACAUCAUCGAGCGGCGCAAGGAGGAGGCCGACGAUUUCUACUACCGGAUCAGCCCCCUGCCCAUGUCUGAUGACCUGCGCAACAUCCAGCGACAGGCCUUCUCGGGUAUGAUGUGGUGCAAACAGCAUUACCUGUUCAUCUGGGACCACUGGGCGAAUGGCGACCCGACCCAACCACCACCGCCCGCCAACAGGAAGGCCAUCCGUAACGAGCAGUGGAAGCACAUGCACAGUGACGAUAUUCUGUCUAUGCCGGAUUCGUGGGAGUAUCCUUUCUUUGCUGCAUGGGACAGCGCUUUCCACUGCAUCACCUUGGCCAUGAUCGACCCGGACUUUGCCAAGAAGCAACUCGACCUGUUUACACGGGAGUGGUACUGUCAUCCAAACGGCCAGCUACCUGCGUACGAAUGGAACUUUGGAGACGUCAAUCCUCCGGUCCACGCGUGGGCGACGUUCCGAACCUUCAAGAUCGAGCGCAAGAUGUACGGCCGACAGGAUCUGGACUUUUUGGAGCGCGUAUUCCAGAAGCUGUUGCUCAACUUCACCUGGUGGGUGAACCGCAAGGACGUUGACGGCAAGAACGUGUUUGAGGGUGGUUUCCUGGGCUUGGACAACAUCGGACUCUUCAACCGAUCCGAGCCAUUGCCCACAGGCGGCACUCUUGAGCAGGCUGACAGCACGGGCUGGAUGGCUUUCUACUGCCUCUGCAUGCUCAACAUCAGCCUUGAGCUCGCCAAACAUCGACGCAUCUACGAGGAUAUCGCCUCCAAGUUCUUUGAGCAUUUCAUUCUCAUCAGUGACGCCAUGACGUUCCGGACGGGGCAGAAAGACGAAAAGUCGUUGUGGAACGAAGAGGACGGCUUCUACUACGACGCAAUCUCGUGGGGGGGUCCUUGGAUCCAACAGCUGCCUGUCCGGUCGCUGGUUGGCCUGAUUCCCAUGUACGCGACGCUGACGCUGGAGCCAGAACUCAUCAACAAGCUACCCUCGUUCAAGAGGAGGCUGGAAUGGUUCAUGAAGCACAGGGCCGACGUGACGGAAAGGAACAUGCACAGCAUCCGCAAGCGCGGCAAGGGGGACCGCAUCCUCUUGUCUAUCGUCAGCAAGGACCGUCUCGAGAAGCUGCUGACGCGGAUGCUGAACGAGGACGAGUUCCUGAGCCCCCACGGCAUCCGGUCUCUGUCCAAGUAUCACAAAGAGAACCCGUUCUCGAUGGAAGUGCACGGACAGGAGUUCAAGGUAGGCUACGUCCCGGGAGACUCUGACAGUGGGCUCUUCGGCGGCAACAGCAACUGGCGAGGCCCGAUCUGGAUCUGCGUCAACUUCCUCCUCAUCGAGUCGCUGCAGCGGUACUAUCUGUUCUUUGGACAGAGCCUGAAGGUCGAAUGUCCUGUCGGGUCCGGCGAUUACAUGCAUCUGGGUCACGUCGCCGAAGAGCUUCAGCACCGCCUCCAGCACCUAUUUGCCCGAGGCGAUGACGGCCGACGGAGCAUCAAUGGGGGCAACGACACGCUCGACUUUGAUCCUCUCUGGAAGGACAACUUGUGGUUCUACGAGUUCUUUGACGGCGACACAGGUCGCGGACUGGGAGCGACGCAUCAGUGCGGCUGGACGGGUCUGAUCGCCCGACUGAUUCAUGACACAGGUGUCAACUGCAGGCUCCCGCAGACCCCGCGGACACCUUCUGUCGGCAUGGCACAUUACUUCGAUGACGUCCUCAGCCGGCAAAUCCUGCCCAGAUCGCCAUCGAAGCCUCACUUCCGGCGGUCCUCGACUGCGCGGUCUAUCGGAGCGCGCAGUGACUUUGAUGAGAGCGAGGCAAAUGGCUACGAGGACAAUGGGUAUCACAGCACAGGGGGCGGUAGUGUCGUGCUCCCCCAGAACCCAGACGACCUGCGCCAGAAGGCUGAAGCCGACGAGCACAUGCGCAACUACAUCACGGAGCAAUUGGAGAGGGUCAAGAGCGAGCAGAUUGCCGAUGACUACGAAAAAGGUGACGAGUUCGAGGCUCUGCCCUAGAGAAAGGGUGUUGUCACGCAAGCAUACGAUCAAAAGUCAUCCUUACCAAACUUUCUUUGGAUACAAUAAAUUACUCAGCGACGGUUGGAGAGACCUGGGAGGGCUUCUAGAAAGUGGCACCAGAAGAAAGAAAGGAAAAAAACAAAGAAGAAAAGUUGCUGGUAAAACUAAUAUUGGCCUUGUUUGACGGCAACAUGGCAGCAGAAUACGAAUAUGCUUUAGACACAGACAGACAGACAGAAACCUAGAAGCAGAAAACCUAUUAGAGUGGCAUUGAUAAGACCUAUACAAAUCCAAUUGAAGUUUUUCUCUCU